AUGAGUCUAAACGUUGACCUGGCGGGUACGUACCUGGAAAUAGACCAGCUUUCCACGCCAAUGAGCCCUAAUGUGACCCAAGUAAACGGCCACCUGGGACGAUGUGAUACCAACGGGACCAACGAGUAUGAAGCCUUUUAUAACAUGGCGCAGUUUGUGUCUGGACUAAUUAUUUACCCCAUCUUGUGUAUCACGGGGAUUCUGGGAAAUACGCUGUCUUUGAUCGUUCUCAGUCAUAAGGAUAUGGCCACGUCGACAAAUAUAUACCUAUUAGGUAAGUUAUCUAUGUGGGUAAUGUACGGUCUCAUUUUAGUUUGUGUAGCGAUUUACAAACCCUGUAUAAAUGCGACAUCAUUUCUCUAUCCACAGGUGUCAGUUUGUGUCACAGCCUGGCUGACCGUUGCUGUGUCGAUGGAUCGAUACAUCUCUGUCUGCUAUCCUUCCACAUCAAAGACGUUAUGUACGAUACCCAAGGCUCGGACGGUGGUGGUAUCUGUAUUCUUCAUCAUGAUCCUCAUAUCGAUACCUUCAGGAUUCCGUUACCGUCUGCAAACGUUCAAUGAUACACACAACAACGUUACUUGCAUGGAACUUGUUGUGACCGAGCUCGGAAGAAACAAGGAAUUCAUGCUUCCUUACACAUGGAUCCAUAAUUUUCUUCGAGGAAUCAUCCCCGUUUUCAUCCUCGUAUUCUUAAAUGCCAGAAUUAUUAAUGUUCUUCGGAAAGAACGAGUCAAGGGGAAGAAAUUCAGUUCUCGAAAUCGAAUUACUUUAAUGCUUAUCGCCAUGGUUGUUGUUUUCAUCGUGUGCAUUACACCGGACGCUAUCAUGUCCACUUUCUUUGGAAAAGGUUAUGUCGAGGAAGACUUCCUAGUCAAAGGGAUACGUGAGAUAACGGACAGCCUUGUGGCCUUGAAUUCAGCGAUUAAUUUCAUUCUCUACUGCUCGCUUAGCAUCUUGUUCAGAAACACAUUCAUGCGGGUGUUUUUUGGCAGACGAUAUGUGAAAAUGGGCGGUAAUUCUAGCCGACAAGUGAGUAGAGAUGGCACAACUACACACUCGUUAAAACGAAUCGGGCGUAAUUCGGAAAGGAAACGUAAGUCCAGCUGUGAAAAAUAUCCCCGAAGUAGGCAAAAAAAUUCGAUUUCUCAAAUAGACUUCUGCUAUUUUGAAGGUAACUCGGAUGAAAAUUCGCCUAAGUCAGAGGUCAUCACAAACGGAUAUAAUAAAAGCAGUGCAGAAGGAAAGUUAUCAAACUUGGUAUACGAGGACAACAGCAACAGUGCCCACCUUCCACUGGUUACAGAAAGAAACGCUAAUGAUUCUAGGAUGACGUUUUCUGUUUAUACAGGACCAAUAGACAUGGUCAAAUUUCCUUGGGAGACUAAUGAUUCUAAGGCGCGUGUGAGUGUCUCACAGGAGAGCGCUGAGUCUGAAGGAAUACAAUUAUAG